AUGAGGUUAAUAACUUUUCAUUUUUUUUUUUUAAAUAAUUCUUAAGAAAGGAAACAAGGAAUCCACCGAAAAAAAUUUUAUACGCUUUCAGACGUAACAGGCCUGCGGCUUGAAUAGAGUCAGAAAAACGUGACCGUGAGUUGAAGAUGCUAAUACUAGCUCGGCCAAUUUAAGGGAACUUGGUCACCUGGACUCCAUAGUCCAUACACAAUAGCUGCUUGAACGGUUGAGCCUUCUUCUCUAAUCCACUUUGAAAACAACAGCACACAGAAAAUAAAAGAGGAUGAACGACGACGACAAUACACAACCACCGCCGCCAUUAACAGAGCUUAUACUAUCGCUUGAACAAGCAACCAUCAUGGCGAAACAGCUUCCCACCACCACUAACCCCACCUCUCUUCUCCAUAUCUAUUCCUUCCUUCAUCAAGCCAAUCAACGUCUCUCUUCCUUUCUCUCCUCCAAUACCCAUUUACCGCCACCCACCGCUGAAAAUUCCCUUUCCUCUGCCACUGGUGCCGCCGCCUUAGCCGAUGAAAACAGUGGAGAGCCCAUGAUGCUGGCUGAUUAUGAAGAGGAAGAGAUCUCCAAGACUAGUGUUGAUAAAGUUGAGGAGAAAAUGAGAGAUUGUUUUAUCAAAAAUAAGAGAGCCAAGCGCCCUCUUUCGCCGUCUUCAGUUGCGGUGGCGGAGGAAAAACGGUUAUACGAAGAUGGGUUUGUCGGGGGGGUUAAUGGAUUUGAUCCUCAUGCGGCAAGGUUAAGAGCUUUGGAUCUUGUGUACCAAUUUCAUGGCUGAGGAUCUUAUUUCAAACCCAGUAUGUAACUGGGCCAUUUUUAUUUCUUCUUUAUUCAGCUCAAGGUUUAUUAUUAGGGACAAGCUCCAUAUGUACUCAGUUACUUCUGUAUUCAAUGAAAGCUUUGGGUAUACAUUAUAGUUGGAUAA